AUGCGACUUCCUCUAGUAUAUAUGGGCCUCCCUACGACAAGCCGAAGUGGGAGCGCGAACGCGUCCUUCACCACAGCGUCGCGCGAAACAACACACAGCGUCGCCGCAUCUGAUAUACCGCUAACGGCCGCAACCUCGCCAUAUGGCAGGUCAACAGUGGGCGCAGGACGUCCAAACAGCUUUCCACACCGACCCAGCAUUGGCGACAAGGAUUAUCGAUACGGCAAAUCGAUACCAACGCGACAUGUCGUAGCUACGGGUGGUGGUGGUGGCAGUGGUAGUGGCAGCGGCAGCGGUGCGCAGGCGACGAACUCGAAGAAGCGCAAAUUGGACGAAGCGACUUCGUCAAAUCACCAGUCGACCGCGAAUGGCACCCACAGCUCUCAUAUCGCCCAGCCCGCGUUGGCCUUUGAAUGCAAGAAUGUCAGCUGUGCAGUCCCAGCGAGGAAGAAGCUGAAGCUGCAGAUCAUAGCGGAUCAAUCAGAACCGAGGAAGAGGGAAGUGCGCUUGCUGAACAACACCACAAAUGAGACCGAGUACACCCUUUCGAACGCGCAGAUCGACCAAGUAUUCUGCCUUCCAGUACCAGAGAAACAACAACGACAAUCGAAUUUCGUCAUCUUGCCCAAAGCAGGCGCGACAAACCCAGAUGGCACACCAUGCGAGCAGAUCGUAUUUACCAUGAACGAAACGAAGCCCGAUGACGCCAACUCCUCGACGCGCGCAAAGGUGGAAGGAGACACAUACAUCACAGUGACAGACGCAGAGCUCAACGCUCUACUUCAACCUGAUCGAAGACAAGUCAUAAAACCCACCGAAGCCGAAUUCGCAAGCAGCAUACCCCAAUCCCAUCGAAAAGGCGAGAAGGGAUAUCAUGUCAAAGCACAUCGAGGCACGAAAGAGGGCUACCUCUUCUUCCUCCCCAACGGCAUCCUCUUCGCCUUCAAAAAACCUUUAUCCUUCUUCCCCUUCUCCGCCAUCGAAUCCAUCAGCUACACAUCCGUGCUCCAACGAACUUUCAAUCUCGUCAUCGCAGCAUCCGAUUCUCAAGAGAUCGAAUUCAGUAUGCUCGACCAAGCGGAUUUCGCGGGUAUCGACGAGUACAUCAAACGUCAUCAGCUGAAUGAUGCGAGCAUGGCUGCAACGAGGAGGGCGAAGGAGUAUAAUGUGAACAAGGAGAAGAAGGGGGAGGCGAAGACAAAUGGUGAAGAGGUGGGUGGUGAUGCUGUGGGCGAGGAUGGGUUGACGGAUUUGCAGAGGGCGGAGCAGGAGUUGCAGGAUGCUGAAGAUGAGGAGGAAGAGGAUUAUGUGGAGUCUGGAGGUGAGAGUGAUGGGGAGGGUGAGGAUAGCGAGGAGGAGGAAGGUGGAGAGGUGGAUGGCGAGGAACAUUAUGAGGACGACGAAUGA